CUUACUAUACAGCAGUUAGGGUUUAGGGUUUUGGGACAAUUUUCAAUUUUGGUUACCUGCUGAGCAAGAAAAAGAUUGGGAAACUAAGUAAGACUGUAGGAGACGGGAGUUUCAGAACCUUGCUCGCAUCUAUAAGAACAAACUUGAUCUUUACUUCCCAAGUUCCCAUUCCCUGAUCCCACAACUCGAUUCUCAUUCCUUCACCAUCUUCCUCUGAUUUGUUCAGUGAACGAAGCAAAGCUACUCUUCAUUUUCGAGUGUCAAAAUGGGCAGCAGCCAAGCGGCAGUGUCAUUCUUGACCAAUCUAGCGAGAGCGGCGUUCGGUCUGGGUGCGGGCGCAACUAUUUUGAAUUCAUCUCUUUACACCGUCGACGGAGGCCAACGAGCGGUCCUCUUCGAUCGAUUCAGGGGAGUACUGGAUGAGACUGUGGGAGAGGGAACCCAUUUCUUGAUCCCAUGGCUGCAGAAGCCCUACAUCUUCGAUAUCCGCACUCGCCCCCACACCUUCGCCUCCAUCUCCGGCACCAAAGAUCUCCAGAUGGUCAACCUCACCCUCCGGGUUCUCUCCCGCCCUGUCGUCCCCAGCCUCCCAACCAUCUUCAAGACCCUUGGUCUAGAAUACGACGAGAAGGUCCUCCCUUCUAUUGGAAAUGAAGUCCUCAAGGCAGUCGUUGCGCAAUUCAACGCUGAUCAGCUUCUCACAGAGCGUCCCCAUGUCUCCGCUCUUGUCCGCGAGAGCUUGAUUCGCCGCGCCAAGGACUUCAAUAUCGUCCUUGACGACGUUGCCAUUACUCACCUCUCCUACGGUGGCGAAUUCUCCAAGGCUGUCGAGCAGAAGCAGGUGGCCCAGCAGGAGGCGGAGCGCUCCAAGUUCAUUGUGGCUAAAGCCGAGCAGGAGAGGAGAGCUGCCAUUAUUAGAGCUGAGGGAGAGAGCGAGUCUGCUAAGUUAAUCUCCGAUGCCACCGCAGCAGCUGGGAUGGGCCUGAUUGAGUUGAGGAGAAUCGAAGCUUCCAGGGAGGUUGCUUCCACCUUGGCCAAGACCCCGAACGUCGCUUACCUUCCUGGUGGCAAUAACAUGCUUCUUGGCCUCAACCCUUCCUUGACUCCUGGUCGUUGAUCAAGGAUUCAUGAGAUUAUCGAACUAUGACUCCACAACAUUGUUGAGAUUCGUCUUCAUGCUUUGCUUUGAAUACUCCAUGGGAGCUUUCUUCUGAACAUUUUGCAUGCUUCAUCCUUAUAUUGAUUUUCCUUUGGAACUUUUAGACAGUAUUGUCUACGGAUUAGAAUAUCUUUACUGUCAAGAGUAUCUGAAAUUUGAUCAGGUAACUGUUAUAUCGAUUAUUGACCAUUUUUGAAUUUGUGAUCUUCUAUUGUACCUUUUGAACUUAAAUUGGGGAAUAACCAUGAACAAGAAAGAACAAAAGUUGCUGGAUAA